UGAACGCUGUGUGUGCUAACGUAGGCUACAGGAUCCUGCCAGUGCUCGGCUUUGAGCUGCUUCGUGAUGUCGCUGUUACACUGGUGUCCCUGCUAAAUGACUGCGGCAUCCUUAGUACUUUCUGUUGUGGUGAAGCUGUCACCCAAACACGACGCCCCAUCCAUCCGGCCAGCCGCCGGUGCUGACAGCUGCAUAGUCACAUCCGGACUCAUGAAAGGGAAGGGAAAAGGCUUACCUUGUAGACUGUGGUAACUACAAGAUGGAACUGGAACCUCCAUCCUGAGGAGGUAUCAUACAUUGCGCGUGCAUUCAAGGCUUACCACUUCAUAACCGGUUAAGGAUAUUGGAAUGACUCUAAUUUUUCCUUGAAACGUUGUCUACCACACCGGCUACUACCUCCUUAGUGUUUCCUCUCUGGUGAAAGCACAGUAACUAUUUAAUCGCAAGUAUUAUUAUUAUUAUUGUUAACUGGAAAUUGUGCAAAAAUGACUUCAGAAUGGGGUGAGAAAUCCACAGCAGAACUCAUGAGUAGGUAUGUCUGCCAGGACAUGGGAUAUGGGGUGCCGCAAGAGGGCUGGCGAAUAUGUCUAGCGCAUGAAUUCAAGGAGAAGAGAAAGCCCUUUCAAGCAAAGGACGUGUCACUGGCCAAUGUGUUGGAGCACGUUGGCCUUGGAAUCAGGUAUCUAAAAUGGUGGUACAAGAAGACUCAGGUGGAGAAGAAAGCUCCGUUCAUCGAUAUGUUCCGUGCUCAGCCGUUGCGUCAAAUAUACGGUGUUCCACUUGGUGGUAUUGGAGGAGGUACCAUCACACGGGGUUGGAGGGGGGAGUUCUGCAGAUGGCAGCUAAAUCCUGGGAUGUACCACUACAAAACCGUCACAGCCAACCAGUUCACAGUGUGUUUGCGACGUGGAGGUCAAACGGUUUAUCAGCAGGUGCUAUCAGUUGAGCGUCCACCCACAUUACAAGGUUGGAACUGGGGCUAUUGUGGGGAGUACGCCUUCUAUCAUGCCUUGUACCCUCGUGCCUGGACUGUUUAUCAUCUACCUGGGCAGAAUGUCACCUUAACCUGCAGGCAGAUUUCCCCAGUCAUCCCUCAUGAUUACCAGGAUUCAAGUCUCCCUGUGGCAGUAUUUGUGUGGGACAUCGAGAACAAGAAUGACUACGCUCUGGAUGUCUCCAUCAUGUUUACAAUGGUCAACGGAUCAGGACACAAAGACGACAAGAGUGGCGGGCACUGGAACGAACCAUUCCACCUGGAGAAGGAGGGGGAGGCGGUGUCAGGGGUGUUACUACAUCAUUGCACUACAGUGAACCCUUACACCCUGUGUAUUGCAGCCCGAGAGCAGGCUGACAGGGAGGUCAGCCACCAGACCGCAUUCAGCCCAAAGGGAACCUGCAGCAGCCUGUGGAGCGACCUCAUCGCUGACGGACGACUGGACUCUCCUACAGGAUCCAGCCCACCUACGCCGAAGGGAGAAAAGGUAGCAGCAGCUGUAGCUGUGAGCUGCUCUGUUCCAGCUCAGGGCCAUAACAGCCAGGAGUUCUGCCUAGCCUGGGACAUGCCCACAAUCACCUUUGGAUCAAGAGAGAGGGAACAUGUCAGGAGAUACACCCGUUACUUUGGAGCUAAAAGGGAUGCAGCUCCCUCACUCAGUCAUUACGCACUAACACACUACGAACAAUGGGAGAACAGCAUAGAGGAGUGGCAGAAACCCAUACUACAGGACAGGUCUCUUCCCUCUUGGUACAAGUCUGCUCUGUUUAAUGAGUUGUAUUUUGUGACGGAUGGAGGGACCGUGUGGACAGAGCUUCCAGAGGACGCUGAUGUCAGUGGUGGCGUGCGCAGCGAGAAGGGGGGUCUGCCAGCUCAGCCUGCUGUAAUUAAAGAGUAUGGACGCUUUGCUUACCUCGAAGGUCAGGAGUAUCGAAUGUACAACACAUAUGAUGUGCACUUCUACGCCUCUUUUGCACUUAUCAUGCUGUGGCCCAAACUAGCCUUAAGUGUGCAAUAUGAUAUUGCUGGUAGUGUGGUUCAGGAGGAUCCAACAGAGCGACCCGUUCUGAUGAGUGGUCAUUGCUCCCCCGUCAAGACUAAAAAUGUGGUGCCUCAUGACAUAGGAGACCCAGAUGACGAGCCUUGGCAGAGGGUCAAUGCAUACCUCAUCCAUGACACUGCAGGCUGGAAGGACUUGAACCUGAAGUUUGUUCUGCAGGUCUACAGGGACUUCCAUCUAACCCAGGACAGUCAGUAUCUGCAGGACAUGUGGCCCAUCUGCCAGGCAGUGAUGGAGUCGGAGAUGAAGUUUGACCAGGAUAAAGAUGGCCUGAUAGAGAACUCGGGAUAUGCUGAUCAGACCUAUGAUGGUUGGACGGUGACUGGACCAAGUGCAUACUGUGGUGGCCUGUGGUUGGCAUCCUUGUGUGUGAUGUGUAAAAUGGCCAGACUGGUGGGCAGUGAGGAGAUGUACCAGCAUUAUAAAGACAUCUUGGACAGAGGCAGUGCUGCUUUUGACAAACUGCUCUGGAACGGCAAGUACUACAACUAUGACAGCAGUGGGAGAAACCUUUCUAACAGUGUCAUGUCUGACCAGUGUGCUGGUCACUGGUUCCUCAGAGCCUCUGGGCUAGGAGAAGGAGACUACCAGGCUUUUCCAACAGAAAAAAUCCAGAGUGCGCUAAAAGCUGUGUUUGACUUGAAUGUAAUGAGCUUUGCUGGAGGCCAGAUGGGGGCAGUUAACGGGAUGCGCCCUGAAGGAGUGCCCGACCGCUCCAGUGUCCAGUCAGAUGAGGUCUGGAUUGGAGUUGUCUAUGGACUGGCAGCCACUAUGAUCCAUGAGGGUAUGCGAGAGGAGGGUAUGCGUACAGCAGAGGGUUGUUACCGGACAGUGUGGGAGAGGCUGGGCAUGGCCUUCCAGACUCCUGAAGCCUAUUGUGAGAAGAACAUCUACCGCUCUCUGGCAUACAUGAGGCCUUUGAGUGUUUGGGCCAUGCAGCAUGCCCUUAACGUUUCAAAAAAAUGAUCAGACCACAUCAGUUCAAACUGCAGACACAAAUAAAGCCAGGACCUGAACUGAGCUGAGAUGAUGCAAAUACCACUGAGAAGUUAAAGUGAGCUUCUUUGAAAGCGACCUAAAGCACUUGUGUAGCCACUUAUGUUUUGUCAUUCAAGGCUCAAGACAGAAUGCUGGUAUGUGCAUGACAAAGUGAUUAAACAAUCAUAUUUUUAGAGGAGAUUUUUUUUAAAAGACUGCUGAUUGUUUUGCACUGUUAGGCAAGGCAUUUUUAAAUCAUAGCCUAAAUGUAAGAUGAGUAAGUUUUGUUCCAGUGCAAACACUACAUUUCACAGUUCAACCAUAGUAUUUACAGCAUUGUGACAUGUUUAUAUUUGAUAUAGGAUUUUCUUCUUAAUUUAAAUUUGAAUGAUUUA